ACCUUCCAGUCUCAGAGACUAAGACUAGGGUUUAGAGAGGGAGAAAGAUACAGAAUGCCGGCGAUCGGGAAGACGAUGCUGGAUUCAGGAUGGCUAGCUGCAAGAUCUACGGUAGUUGAUCUCAACGGAGUUCAGCUCACCACUACUCACCCUCCGACCGGGCCUUCCACUCCUUGGAUGGAAGCUGUUGUUCCCGGAACUGUUUUAGGAACCCUGUUAAAGAACAACCUUGUGCCAGAUCCUUUUUAUGGAUUGGAGAACCAGAGUAUCAUAGAUAUUGCUGAUUCUGGGAGGGAAUAUUAUACGUUCUGGUUUUUCACCAAAUUUCAGUGUAAAGUGGCGGGAAAUCAACAUGUGGAUUUGAAUUUCCGUGCAAUCAACUACUCUGCUGAAGUUUAUUUGAAUGGUCAUAAGAAGAUCCUACCUAAAGGGAUGUUUAGAAGACAUUCUCUCGAUGUGACUGAUAUUCUGCAUCCAGAUGGUCAGAACUUACUGGCUGUUCUUGUUCAUCCUCCUGACCAUCCUGGGAAAAUUCCUCGUGAGGGGGGCCAAGGUGGUGAUCAUGAGAUUGGAAAAGAUGUUGCUGCACAAUAUGUUGAGGGUUGGGAUUGGAUGACCCCGAUUAGGGAUAGGAACACUGGCAUAUGGGAUGAGGUUUCAAUUUCUGUUACUGGGCCAGUGAAAAUAGUGGAUCCUCACUUAGUUUCGUCAUUCUUUGACGAUUACAAGAGAGUAUAUCUGCACACAACCAUUGAGUUGGAAAAUAGAAAUGCCUGGGUUGCUGAGUGUUCUUUGAGUAUCCAAGUAACCACUGAACCUGAAGGAGACAUUUGCAUAGUCGAACAUCUCCAAACUCAACCUUUGUCGAUUCCUCCAGGAGCACAUGUUCAAUACACAUUUCCUGAGCUCUUUUUCUACAAGCCCAAUUUGUGGUGGCCAAAUGGCAUUGGAGAACAGUCCCUGUAUAAUGUAGGGAUAACAGUUGACGUAAAGGGAUAUGGAGAAUCUGAUUCAUGGAGCCAUCAGUUUGGAUUCCGCAAGGUAGAAAGUCAUAUAGAUGAUGCCACUGGUGGAAGGUUGUUCAAGGUCAAUGGACAACCUGUGUUUAUCCGUGGUGGGAAUUGGAUAUUGUCAGAUGGUUUACUGCAGCUCUCAAAGAGGCGAUACAAAACAGAUAUCAAGUUUCAUGCAGACAUGAACUUUAACAUGCUCCGCUGUUGGGGUGGCGGACUAGCUGAGAGGCCAGAAUUUUAUCACUAUUGCGAUAUUUAUGGUUUGCUGGUUUGGCAAGAAUUUUGGAUAACAGGAGAUGUUGAUGGAAGGGGUGACCCAGUAUCCAAUCCAGAUGGUCCUUUGGAUCACGACCUUUUCUUGCUAUGUGCAAGGGACACUGUCAAGCUCCUAAGGAACCAUCCGAGUCUUGCCCUUUGGGUUGGAGGGAAUGAACAAACUCCACCAGAGGACAUCAACACAGCUUUAAAAAAUGACCUGAAGUUGCAUCCACUUUUUGGAAGCUUCAAUGGAACAAGUAAUCCUGUAGAAGAUUUAACUCCAACCUCCACUGAUCCUAGUCUAUAUCUUGAUGGUACUCGCAUAUAUGUUCAAGGAUCCAUGUGGGAUGGCUUUGCAAAUGGGAAGGGGGACUUUACAGAUGGCCCCUAUGAAAUCCAAAAUCCUGAAGACUUCUUCAAGGACAACUUCUACAAGUAUGGGUUUAAUCCAGAGGUUGGCUCAGUAGGAAUCCCUGUUGCUGCUACCAUCAGAGCAACAAUGCCUCAAGAGGGGUGGGAGGUUCCACUGCUUAAAAAACUAAGUAAUGGUUACAUAGAAGAAACCCCAAAUCCCAUAUGGGAGUACCAUAAAUAUAUCCCCUAUUCAAAGCCAGGAUUAGUUCAUGAUCAGAUUGAACAUUAUGGUGCUCCAAAGGACCUUGAUGAUUUCUGUGAAAAGGCACAACUUGUUAACUAUGUUCAAUAUAGAGCUCUUUUGGAGGGAUGGACUUCCCGUAUGUGGACCAAAUACACAGGUGUUCUUAUUUGGAAGACUCAGAAUCCUUGGACUGGUCUUAGGGGUCAGUUUUAUGACCAUCUCCAAGAUCAAACUGCAGGUUUCUAUGGCUGCCGGUGUGCUGCAGAACCAAUUCAUGUCCAGCUCAAUCUAGCUACAUAUUUUAUAGAGGCCGUAAACACCACCGCAGAUGACUUAUCCAAUGUGGCCAUAGAAGCCUCGGUAUGGGAUCUAGAAGGAACAUGUCCAUACUUCAAAGUUACUGAAAAUCUAUCAUUGCCUGCUAAAAGAACAGUUCCUAUUAUUGAGAUGGAGUAUCCGAAGUCUAAAAAUCCAAAACCGGUCUAUUUCCUUCUUCUAAAGCUUUUCAGCAUUUCAGAUAAUAGAAUUAUCUCUAGGAACUUCUACUGGUUGCAUCUACCUGGAGGAGAUUACAAGCUCUUGGAGUCAUAUAGGACAAAAAGGAUCCCUCUCAAGAUAACAUCUAAGGUUCUCAUUGAAGGGUCCACAUAUGAAAUUCAGAUGCUUGUGCAGAAUAAUCACAUUGAAAGACACAACGACAAAGAAAAUCAUGUGGACUUGAAAGAAGACAUAAAAGGUUUGACACAGAAGAAACAUGAAGGUGGUCUAGUGCAGAGGAACUACAGAUGUUUCUCAAGGGUAGAUGAUGGUUUGAAGGUUACAGAAACAAAAGGGAACGACUUAGGGGUUGCUUUUUUCCUCCAUUUCUCUGUCCAUACUGCAAAUCAACAUAAGAACAGAGACACGAGAAUUCUUCCCGUUCACUAUUCAGAUAACUAUUUCUCAUUGGUGCCAGGAGAGACAAUGCGUGUCAAUAUUUCUUUCGAGGCAUCUCCAGAUGGGACUCCACGUGUCACACUUCAUGGUUGGAACCACCAGAGUGGCCACACAGUCUAUUGAUGGUUUUUCUUGUUUUUGUAAAUUUAUUUUUUACUGUUUGUGAAUCUACGAAGUUAAUUAUACACGUAAGUUAAUGUUUGAGGAAAAUCUGUAACUUAAUACCUGAGA